AUGCGAGUUAGAUUUUUCGAGCCUGAACGCAAACCAAAGACGAAGCGAAAGUCUGCGAGUAGAUCCAAAGAGUCUAUCAGAGCUGGUUCUUCUAAGAAACCCAGACACGGGAAGCUCCAAGAGACGUUGGAUAUACUGGGCUUGCUGUCGGAAGACGAAGAAAGUGUGGCUGCUGAGAACGCGCGACGCUCGCCAGCUCGCAAUAAGCAGCUUGACAGCAGCAUCAGCAACCGCGUUGCUAACGGCUGUGUGGUGCGCCGCACGCUCCUCGACGGACCGUACUACGUGGAGACGCGCGUGUACACCACCGAGGACGCGCUGACGACGUCGCCUGAGCUGCGCUACACCAAGGCUCUGGUGACGCUGAAGGCGCAGCUCGACCGAGACCAGCCAGAGUGGGCUUGUCUGCAGAAGUUCUUGCAGAAGACCAAGUCCUCCUUGUUCGCUGAUAGCAAGCCCAUAUUUUAUAGUAAUAAAAAGUAA